AAAAAAAAGACGUUUUAAAUGCAACCGUGAUCUCUUUUCGAGUAUCAUAUUUGUUAUCGCAUCAAACAAUAUACAACAAACUAUACAAUUCAAACAAUUACUUUUUUUUCUCCUUGUUCAUUUCUUUCUUUCUUUCUUUUUUAUAUUUUUUUUCUUGAUAGAAAAAGCAGAGAUGGAAGAAAAUACAUCUUUGAAGAAAAAAGAAGUAGAGAAUACUUCUUCUCUAUCACUCGACAAUUCCAGUGAGGCUUCCUUAACAGAUGUUCUCCAUACCCACAAAAAGGAAUCAAAAGCAUCCAAUCAAGAUUUUCCAGAGAUUCGUGCUUAUUAUGCAAACAUUGUCAGUGAUCCUCAAAAUGUUCAUGACACGGACAGUAAAAGUGCAGAUCUACUUUCUACCAGAUACAGUGAAGCAUCUUCCAUGGCUUCGGUUGAUUCAAUAUCUAAAGCGGGCAUCAGCAUCUUGGAAGCAGGGUCUGUUUCUGAAGGCCAUAUCAAACAACUCCAAAAGACGACUCCCAUCCGAGCUGUUGAUUUUCCACCACAAUAUGUGUCCGGUCCUAUUUCUCAACCUGUCAACUACCCACCACCAAAACAAGAUGUGUUUGAUGUCGAUGUAUUAGCUGCUUUGACAGAAGGCGAUGAUGGACGUUAUAUGGAAUAUGCUUCAUCGGCAGACUCCAUGUUGGCAUUGCUCGAAAGUCGGAAAUACACUGGCAAUAAAAUCAAAAGUGAAAGUCAAGCAUCGAUUCCAAGUACAGCCACGACAGCCACAGGCAUCAAUACGCUGAUUGGUUAUGCUACGGAAGAAUCACCCUAUCCUGCUUGGGGACCAGAAGAUCGUGUGCCUAUCGCAUUCAGACAAAUGGACGAAAUCUUUGAUAGCCUAAGAAGAAAAUUCGGGUUUCAACAAGACAGUGUCAACAAUAUAGCCGAGCAUUUGAAAACCAUGCUGGAUUCCCGUGCGUCUCGACUUGAUCCUCAACUUGCACUCGACACGCUUCAUGCGGACUACAUUGGUGGCGAUAAUGCGAAUUAUCGUAAAUGGUAUUUUGCUUCCAAGAUGGACAUUUACGGCCAAACAGAACAAGAGAAGCAAGUCGCAUUGGACAUUGGCGACGAACAAGAACAAUUAGCUCGUAAUGAGGAGAAAUGGACGUUGCGUAUGCGGUCAUUGAGCAACGCUGACAAGGCAAGAGAUUUAGCGCUUUACUUGUGCUUAUGGGGUGAAGCUGCUCCUGUUCGAUUUACACCCGAGACACUGUGCUUUAUCUUCAAGAUGGCCUAUGAUUAUUAUUGUGUGGAAAGUCCCCAAGCGUUGCCUGAUAUGGCUGAAGGUGCGUAUCUGGAUCAAGUGGUGACACCUCUAUAUCGCUUUAUUCGUGACCAAACCUAUGUACUUUUGAAUGGCAAAUACGCAAAACGAGAAAAGGACCAUGAUCAAGUCGUGGGCUAUGACGAUGUCAAUCAAUUUUUCUGGCAUUCUACUUUUUAUGACAAGAUUCAAGUAUCCGCCGGCCAAGGCAACACGCUUGGUAAAUUACCACCUCAUGAACGAUACCCGGCACUUAAAGAAGUCGAUUGGCAAAAGACGUUUAAAAAGACCUACAAAGAAAAACGUACUUGGAUGCAUGCCUCCAUUAACUUUUCGAGAGUCUGGGUGAUUCAUAUUGUGACCUUUUGGUAUUAUAUUAUGGCCAAUGCCUAUUCGCUUUAUCUAGAUGCUGACAAGGAAGUCGCAAGUCAAGAAGUCGCUGUACAGAUAUCGAUUGUCGCUUUAGGUGGUGUAGUGGCUUGUUUGUUAGUGCUGGUGGGUUCAUGUGCUGAACUCGCUUAUCUGCCGGCCAGCUGGAGUAAUUCCAAAAAGGUCUUGCGCCGUAUUAUACUGUUGGUGAUAUUGAUGUUGGUCAAUGGUGGUCCUUCCUUUUACUGUGUGGUGUUGGACCGAACAAGCUGGAUCUCUAAACUGGUCUCGAUCAUUCAGCUUUUGAUCAGUGUGGCUACCACCUUGGUUUUGUCUAUCGUGCCUUCGUCUCGACUGUUUAUGCGUGCUUCCGAACAUACACGGGAUCAACUUGCCAACGAACGAUUCACAGCCAACUUCCCUCCUCUCAAGCCCAUCGAUCGUGUCAUGUCCAUCUCGCUCUGGAUCUGUGUCUUUACAUGCAAACUAAUCGAAUCGUACUUUUUCUUGGCCUUGUCUUUUAAAGAUCCUCUCAAGGCCAUCAGUACAAUGACCAUCACCAAUUGUAAUGACAAGUUGAUUGGAUCUGUCAUUUGUGAACAAAUGCCUCGUAUUACUAUCUUUAUCAUGUUCUUGAUGGACCUGGUGCUUUAUUUCUUGGAUACGUAUCUUUGGUAUAUUAUUUGGAACACUGUGUUUUCGGUAGCGAGAUCGUUUUAUCUUGGUAUCUCAAUCUGGUCACCAUGGAGAAAUAUCUUUUCACGCUUGCCCAAGCGUAUUUUUGUCAAAUUGUUGGCGACCACCGAUAUCCAAGUCAAGUACAAGCCCAAGAUACUCUGUUCUCAAAUCUGGAAUGCUAUUGUGAUUACCAUGUACAGAGAACAUUUAAUUACGGUCGACCAUGCUCAACGUAUGUUGUAUCAACAGGAACUUAAUCCGUUAGAUGGUCACCGUACACUCAAGACACCCACAUUUUUCAUUUCUCAAGAAGACACUUCUUUUAAAACAGAGUAUUUUCCUCAAAGUGGUGAAGCAGAACGUCGUAUCCAUUUCUUUGCUCAAAGUUUAACAACGCCCAUGCCACCUCCUCAUCCUGUUGAAUGUAUGCCGACCUUCACUGUCCUGACCCCUCAUUACGGAGAAAAAAUCUUACUUUCACUUCGCGAGAUUAUUCGAGAAGAAGACACAAGUACGCGCGUGACUCUGUUGGAAUACUUGAAGCAGUUGCAUGCGGUCGAAUGGGAGAAUUUUGUCAAGGACACCAAAAUGUUAGUGGGCGAUGAUGAUCGUCGCAGUAUGCAUUUCAAGUCUGACGCUUCCAUUGCAUCCAGCACAAGUUCGUUUGAGAAGGACAUGGCCAAAGAAAACGAUGAUUUGCCGUUUUACUGUAUUGGGUUCAAAUCGUCCAAACCUGAAUAUACAUUGCGUACACGCAUCUGGGCAUCUCUGAGAGCACAGACCUUGUACCGUACUGUCUCUGGUUUCAUGAACUAUCGCAAGGCCAUCAAGUUGCUCUAUCGUGUAGAAAACCCUGAAUCCUCAAGUCAUUAUGGUCAAGACAAAGAAGCUUUAGAGAACGAUCUGGAUCGAUUGGCCCAUCGUAAAUUCAAGUUCCUGGUCGCCAUGCAACGGUAUGCAAAAUUCAGUCCAAGUGAAGCAGAAGAUGCCGAGUUUUUGUUUAAAGCGUUUCCUGAAUUACAGGUUGCCUAUGUGGAUGAAGAAGCAGCGACUGAACCUGAAGGCGAAACCGUGUUUUAUUCUUGUCUGAUUGAUGGUACUUGUCCCCUGAAUGAAAAUGGCAAGCGUGUGCCUCGAUUCCGUGUACGUUUACCUGGUAAUCCUAUCCUGGGUGAUGGUAAAUCCGAUAACCAAAACCAUGCCAUCAUCUUUUACCGUGGCGAAUUCUUGCAGUUGAUCGAUGCCAACCAAGACAAUUAUCUUGAAGAGUGUCUCAAGAUCCGUAAUGUGCUAGGUGAAUUUGAGACCCUGGAACCUUGCAAUAUCUCUCCCUAUGCUGCUUCGUAUCCCAAGAGCAACCGUUCUCCGGUGGCGAUUGUGGGUGCAAGAGAAUACAUCUUUUCUGAAAACGUGGGUGUCUUGGGUGAUGUGGCUGCGGGUAAAGAACAGACGUUUGGUACACUGACACAACGUAUCAUGGCCAAGAUUGGAGGUAAACUUCACUAUGGUCAUCCUGAUUUCUUGAAUGCGAUCUUUAUGACGACCCGUGGUGGUGUCUCAAAGGCACAAAAGGGGCUUCAUUUAAACGAAGAUAUCUAUGCGGGCAUGAACGCUUUUACUCGAGGUGGACGUAUCAAGCACACAGAGUAUUUCCAGUGUGGUAAGGGUCGUGAUCUUGGAUUUGGCUCCAUUCUGAACUUUACGACUAAGAUUGGUACGGGUAUGGGUGAACAAAUGCUGUCGCGUGAAUACUAUUACAUUGGCACACAACUCCCAUUGGAUCGAUUCUUAACGUUUUAUUAUGCUCAUCCUGGGUUCCAUAUCAACAAUAUCUUCAUCAUGAUGUCGGUUCAAAUGUUCAUGUUGGCCAUCCUGUUUAUCAGUGCGAUGGGUGCCACAUUGACGAUUUGUGAAUACAAUGCUGAUGCGCCUCCUGAUGCGCCUCUCAUACCUGAAGGCUGUUAUAAUCUCGUGCCUAUUUUUGACUGGGUUAAGCGUUGUAUCCUGUCUAUCUUUGUCGUGUUCUUUGCUGCCUUUUUGCCCUUGUUUCUACAGGAAUUAACAGAACGCGGAUUUCUUCGCAGUUUGGCCCGUAUGGGAAGACACUUCACUUCCCUUUCUCCGCUGUUUGAAAUCUUUGUGACACAGAUUUACACCUACUCUGUCCUGGAAAACUUGGUGUUUGGUGGUGCUCGUUAUAUUGGUACAGGCCGUGGUUUUGCUACAUCGCGUAUUCCGUUUUCCACCCUGUAUUCUCGAUUCACAGGCCCUAGUAUCUAUGUAGGUGCCAGAAACUUGAUGAUCAUGUUGUUUGCUUCAGUGGCCUAUUGGAUUCCUCACUUGAUCUAUUUCUGGUUUACUGUGGUGGCCUUGAUUGUCUCGCCUUUUGUGUUUAAUCCCAACCAGUUUUCGCCCAUUGAGUUCUUGGUCGAUUACCGUGAAUUCAUCCAUUGGCUAUCUAGAGGUAAUUCUAAGACGCACCGGGAUUCUUGGAUCAGUCAUGUUCGGUCCACACGCGCCCGUAUCACAGGCUAUAAACGAAGCAAACCUACCUCAGGAACCAACAGUAUUGGCGAUAUGCCUCGAGCAGGUCUGGGUGCUAUCUUUGUCUCUGAAGUGAUUCUGCCUUUCCUGUACGCCUUGCUCUGUACUAUCCCCUACACGUUUGUCAAGAGUUUUGAUGAUGAAGAUCCUACUUUACCUGCCACAGGACCUAGUCCCUUGAUUCGUAUUGGUGUGAUGGCCUUGGCUCCUCUCUUGAUCAACAUGGUAGGCCUGGCUAUCUUUUUCGGUGUCUCUGUCGGUCUUGGGUCUGUGCUGAGUCUGUGGGUCACUAAGUUCGGAUCGACCAUUGCUGCUUUGGCGCAUGCGUGGUCUGUGAUUGGACUGAUUGUUAUUUUUGAAGCUCUUUUUUUCUUAGAGCAUUGGAAAUUAACGCAUGUGUUGUUGGGUGUGGUGGCCAUGGUGGCUAUUCAGCGGUUUGUGCUUAAGGUCUUGACUGUCUUGUGUUUGACGCGUGAGUUUAAGCAAGAUGAAUCCAAUCGAGGAUGGUGGACUGGCAAGUGGUAUGGACGUGGGCUUGGGUGGCAUGGUAAACAAGGCUUGAUUGUCAUAUGAAACUCACCUUUUCUUUUUUUUUUAUAUAUAUAUAGCACUCAGUCAACCUGCAAGAGAAUUUGUCUGCAAAAUGAUUGAAAUGACUGAAUUUGCUACUGAUUUCUUACUAGGUCAUCUCAUUCUGUUUUUCCUCUCUUUGUUUAUCUUAAUACCAUACAUCAACACAGCUCAUUCGUUGAUGUUGUUCUGGCUUAAGCCUUCCAAGCAAAUUCGUGCUCAUAUCUGGACAGCCAAACAACGUCAACAGCGAAAACGUAUUGCUAUUCUGUAUGGCAUCAUGUUCUAUAGCCUAUUUUUGCUGUUUAUUGGGCUUGUGGUGGCACCUGCUAUCUUGGGUCCCUCUUUACUCUCUGACCUGAUCAAUGUAAAAAACCUUCCUAUUUAACAUUAUUUAUUAAAAAAGAUCAACUGAAUGUAAGA